AUGUCGAUCAAAAACUUGAUUGAAUUCGACUCUUAUAGCGAGCGCAAAGCUUUUGACGAGACGAAAGCAGGUGUGAAAGGUCUCGUCGACGCUCAAAUCACUGAGAUUCCUCGUAUCUCCCGUCUUCCUCAAGGUACCUUAGCCGACAAGAAAACCUCUGUUUCUGCCUCGGAUUUUGCAAUCCCUAUAAUCGACUUUGCAGGCGUCCACGUGGACGCAGCGUCGCGUGAAGUCGUUGUAGAGAAGAUCAAAGACGCGGCAGGGAAUUGGGGAUUCUUCCAGGUGAUUAACCAUGGUGUUCCUUUGAGCGCUCUUGAAGAGAUUAAAGAUGGAGUAGUUAGGUUUCAUGAGCAAGAUCUUGAGGUGAAGAAAUCUUACUUCACUCGUGACGCAGCCAAGAAAUUUGUGUACAAUAGCAAUUUCGAUCUGUAUAGCUCUUCUUCAUGUGUUAACUGGAGAGACAGUUUUGCUUGUUAUAUGGCUCCUGAUCCUCCAAAGCCUGAGGAACUCCCAAUGGCUUGCAGGGAUGCUAUGAUCGAGUAUUCGAAGCAUAUGAUAAGCUUAGGGUAUUUUCUCUUUGAACUUCUCUCAGAAGCUCUCGGUUUAAACUCAGAGAUGCUUAAGAGCCUGGAUUGCAUGAAGGGUUUGCUUAUACUCGGCCAUUACUACCCUCCAUGUCCUCAACCUGACCUAACUUUGGGUACAAGCAAUCAUUCCGACAACUCCAUCACCAUUCUUCUUCAGGACCAAAUAGGUGGUCUUCAAGUUCUUCAUGAGGACUGUUGGGUCGAUGUCUCUCCUCUUCCGGGGGAUCUCCUCAUCAACAUUGGAGAUUUCUUGCAGCUUAUGACGAAUGACAAGUUCAUAAGCGUGGAGCAUAGGGUACUUGCGAACAGAGCAGGACCGAGGAUUUCAGUAGCGAGCUUUUUCAGCACGAGUAUGCUUCCCAACUCAACUGUUUACGGACCAAUCAAAGAGCUUAUCUCUGAAGAAAACCCUCCAAAAUACAGAAAUAUCAAUUUAGAAGAAUACACAAAGGGAUACUUUGUGAAAGGCCUCGAUGGAACAUCGUAUCUUUCGAGUUUCAAGAUAUGA